ACUGUGAGAGCUUGACCUGCUCCCUCCGACUGCGGGCGGGCUGCAAUACAGCUUUCCUUGCGGCCACGUGCAUGAGGGACGCCGCCAGAGACCUCGCAGCUUGUUGAAACUACUGAGGGGUAAACGAAAUCACUGCUUCAUCAGGUCAUUGCAGGUCGCGCGACAGUGCUACAACCCCUCCAUCGACAAGCAUUUUGAGGGACCGCCAUCGUGUCAUAGCUGUGUCGCAAAGAAUCUCGGAGCAGCUCUUCUAACCUUUCACACUUGACACCCUCCCGCCAAUCAUCUGUUCAUGGGCUCACGGAAAGAAGGUUUGCCUGUUUCAUCGCAAUCAUUGCUUGGUAUUAGGUAGUAGGAUCAGCGACCCCGGCACCAUCGCUCGAAUAGCUCCAGCUAGCUCAACCACAGCCAUUCUCCGACCGAGGCAUCUUCGCAGCCAUGGUCAAGGGCCCUGCAGCUGUUUUCAUUGCCAGGCAUGGCGCUCGUCUCGACGCCUCAGACAAGUCAUGGCACCUCACAUCGCCAACGCCCUACGACCCACCUCUCACGUACGGCGGCUGGUCACAGGCCAAAGCGCUUGGCCUACGCAUAGCGGCACUGCUACACCAACAAGACAUCGAGGAGACGGAGGCAGCAAAGCUUGGGGCAAAUGCAGAUCUGGCGCAUCUCGAAUUCAGCGCGCUGGACGCCCCGAAGACACAAGCAUCUCGGCCCAAGAAGAAGAAGCGCAAGAUUGUCAUACAUUCGAGUCCCUUCCUGAGGUGUGUGCAGACGAGUACAGCGGUCGCGGCAGGUAUAUCGCAGUACAAACCUGAGGCUGCCCCAAAGCUUGGGCUGCCAGUACCUUUGAAGGAGCGGAGCGGGGUGCUUGGAGGCUCUCCACUGGCAAGGUCAGCGCGAUCGCAGUCUCCACGAACGAUAUCGCCAUCCGUACAGCCCGCAUACCUUGAUCCGUUAGCAGAUCCCAAUCUUGAGGUCUACUCAAAGCCUCUCAAAGGCGAGGACAAGAUCCUCCUUCGCGUCGAUGCGUUUCUUGGAGAGUGGCUGUCGCCUGAUUAUUACGAAGACAUCACACCGCCACCAAACUCGACCAUGAUGGUCGCAGGCGCGAAAGCAGACUUGCUUCGGAGGGGAGACAACCUACAAGCGCAGCCAGAUGCGAAUAGUAGCAAAGGUCAUUUCCCUGGUGGGUGGGGAGGUCCAUCCAAGGGCGCCUCACCUUCGACCGUUCCAGCUCGGUCCAGCGUCGAUAAUGGGACCCUUUCAGAUAUGAGCAGUCUCUCGCAGAACCUACCUCCGACCAGGGAGCGCACCGGUAGCACAAGCAGCGGAGCCAUUCAGGCACCAAAACUACGAGGCACCUUCCUCUCGCUCAACUCGUCCACGCGUCACACUAUCAAGAAAAACUACAACUCACCCGCCCCGUCGUACUCUGUUUCUCCGUCUGAUCCUAUCCCAAGAGGAUAUGUCGCACAUGCACAAGAGGCUUGUGUGACGGUUGACUUCCAGUGGGACAGCAUGCGACCACCACAGCUGUGGGGAGAUGGUGGUGAGUACGGCGACGAGUGGAGCACCAUGCAUAAGCGAUUUCGCAAAGGUCUAGCUGGCAUGAUGGAUUGGUAUAAAGAGCAUGGGGCGGCACCUCCAAAGGAUCCCAUUGCAGGCUUCACUUUCUCAGAUCGACCGAAGAGCACAGAAGAGCUCGCGCCAUCCGCGCCCAAGAUCACAAACUUCGCAGUCAACCCUCUCCCGCUACAGCACGGGAAGACGAACGACGAAGAGGAAGAGCUCGUGCUCAUUCUAAUCACCCACGGUGCAGGUUGCAAUGCUUUGCUUGGGGCUAUUCAAAAUCAGCCUGUACUUCUUGAUGUCGGUCUUGCCUCGCUAUCUAUGGCCGUACGACAUGAUCAUCAUAGGAAAGCCCCAGCCCCAACCGUAUUUGAACGCCGACUAUCUGUUGCAGAUCCUGGUAUGUCAGAUUCAUACGAGAUGAAACUACUUGCAUCGGUAGAUCACCUGAGACCCGGCGUUAACCCGGCUGUGAUCUCACAGCCAGAAUCUGCGACCCAGUCACCCGCGGUGCACUCCAGUCCAACAACCGGAAACUAUAGAAGACGGUUUACUAGCGGCUCGUCUGGAGCAAACACCCCUAGUGACUCCCCGUUUGCUCUUGACGCCUCUCACAGAAGCUGGCUUGGCAACUCCAAUGGUGUGCGAAGGGCAGCAAGCUCAGGCUCGAACUCGCGAUACACAUCCAGUAAUCUCAAUGACAGUGGAAUGUCGACACCAUCUACAGGUUUGUGGUCAAGCCCUCGUGUGGCCGCCCUAGACGCAAGUAGCGAUGGAAGGUCAAGUCCAGGUGCUGAUGUGGUGCUCAAAUCCGCAAAUUCGCAGCCAGCCCCAGCACCAACGUCGAAGCCAAAGCCGCCUCCCCCUGCGACCAGCCAACCAAUCGAGAUUGCUACGAAUGUGAAUACCAACGAGCUGACGAGGAUGACUACGAAUGAGCAAAGAGAGUCUGGAGAUGUUGUAGCACCGCUGCCGACCACGGUCAAUCGAACGAACAGUACGUCGAAAGCUGUCGGGGCUGGUGGUCUUUGGGGAGGAAAGCCCCAGGCGCCCGCUCCUCAAGGACUCUGGGGACCUCCGAAACUUGCUGGUGUGACUGAGCGUGACAGUGGGCCCAAAAGGAGGUGGACUAUCAUCGAGCACAAUCAGUGAGCUGGAUCUAAUUGCAGAUCGUGUUAUGCCGAGGGUCUUUUGACCGCGGAGUGUUACAUUGCAUGGGGAAGCGGGUGUUUGCAUUUUUUCUGUGGGCGUUAAGCAAUCAUCGGGGUAUCUGAUACCUAUUUCAAUCGUUUUUGUUUUGUACCUAGCCGGUCGGGCAGCUGCAGGUACGCGUCUAGCUUGCUGCACGCAGGCACGUCUGACAAGCCCCUUGUAGGAUCAAACUCAUCUCAUCACAGCCAAUAAGAUGCAUAACUAAAAGCCAAUAACUCCAUCGAAGCGCACACGGUCUGAUGUGGAAGAGCCCUGACGAGCUUGUUGAUCCUUGUUGCCUAACAGUGCAUUCUGCCAAGUGGCUGGCCCAGAUGGGGGUGCAGGCAGUACUUCGUACACAACAACAUGCUGAC